CGGGUGCAUGUGUGUGGCCGCGUUCUACAAUUAUUAUAAGCAAAAUGAGGAGGAGGGUAUGUACUUAGUUUAUGUCUCUGUUGCAGGCGCGCCGGUGAAAAUGCCGUCGAAGAUAGAGGGAGUAGUUGCUCAGUAUCCUGAUCUAUUUGAAGAACCGACAGGGGUUGUUGAGAGGGAGGUCGUCCACGAGAUAGAGAUUAUCCCAGGGUCUAGUAUUCCGAAGGGUAGGAUCUAUCGGAUGUCUUCAGGCGAGCUUAAUGAGCUCCGCCGCCAACUCAAGGAACUCGUAGAGAAGGGUUGGAUCCGGCCGAGUGUCUCUCCUUAUGGGUCUCCAGUUCUAUUCGUACCUAAGAAGAAGGAGGGUACUUUUAGGAUGUGCAUUGACUAUAGGGGCCUCAAUGCCAUCACUGUAAAGAAUAGAGAUCCCCUACCUCGCAUCGAUGAUCUGUUAGAUAGAGUGCAAGGGUGUCGGUACUUCAGUAAGAUAGAUUUGAAGUCCGAGUACCAUCAGAUUGCAAUCCGGCCCGAGGAUCAACACAAAACCGCCUUUCAGACCAGGUACGGUCUGUACGAGUUUGUGGUGAUGCCUUUCGGCCUUUGCAAUGCUCCUGGCACCUUUCAGCAUGCUAUAAAUCGGAUAUUCCAUGACUACUUGGAUAAGUUUGUCAUCGUGUACCUCGAUGACAUACUUAUUUUUAGUAAGACUGUCGAGGAACAUGUUGCACAUCUGGACAAAGUCCUCGGUCUCCUGCGACAGGACAAGUUCAAGAUCAACGGUGAGAAAUGCGAGUUUGGCCGCACCCGUGUCUUGUACUUGGGUCAUGAGAUCUCCGCGGAAGGGUUGAAGCCCGAUGACGCGAGGGUGACCAACAUUCGUGAUUGGCCACGUCCUCAGUCUGUGACUGAGAUGAGAUCUUUCUUAGGCAUGACAGUCCACUACAAAACUUUUGUAAAGAACUAUAGCAUACUGGCCGCUCCUUUGACUGAUCUGACCCGCCUUGACACCCCGUGGGAGUGGACAGAUGAGUGCAAGGCUGCUUUCAGAAAUCUGAAGCAUGUGUUGACGCACUACGAGGUCUUGAAACUUCCUGAUCCUGAUAAGCCGUUUAUAGUCACCACGGAUGCCAGCCAAUAUGGAAUUGGCGCCGUGCUCACGCAACAGGAGGGGCCAAAGUUGAGGCCAGUAGAGUACAUGUCCAAGAAAAUGUCGUCUCUGAAGUUGGCUAAGUCCACUUAUGAGAAGGAACUUUAUGCUGUGUAUAAGACUUUCACCCAUUGGAGACACUAUCUCCUUGGGAAGUUCUUCAUCCUCAGGACUGAUCAUCAGACCCUGAGAUGGAUGAGAACCCAGCCGGUACUCUCUGACGCUCUCAAGCAUUGGAUCGAAGUCAUUGAGCAAUAUGACUUUGACCCUCAGUAUCUCCAAGGGGAGUACAACAAGGUUGCAGAUGCCUUGUCGUGCAGACCGGACUUCUCAGGUGCGCUGAUUACUGAGUUCGAUCUGACGGACAAUGUUACUAAGUCUUUGGUGGAAGCCUUUCGCAAGGACCAGUUUAUGUCUGAGAUCAUACGCAGACUUGAGGCGAAGGAUAAGAAGACCUCCGCUGAGUUUGAGUUGGUCAAUGGCUUGCUGUUCUUGGAGAAGGCAGGGAGUAAACGCUUGUGUGUUCCAAAUAGUGAGUUUUUGCGUAGUUAGUUUUUAGGAGAGUGUCAUGAUGCCACCGGCCAUUUUGGGUAUAAGAAGACCGCAGCCAACUUGCUGCAGCGGUUCUGGUGGCCCACGAU